CCGGUGCCGGCCGGGCCAUGGCGGAGCGGCCCCGGUGGGUGAGUGCGGCGGAGCGGCCCCGGUGGGAGAGAGGCUGAGACCCGCUGAAGGAUAACGGGGCUGUGCAGCGCAGGAGCUCCUUGUCAGGCUGCAACGGUCAGGCGGCGCUUGGCUCCGCUGGGGAAGGACGCGCAAGGGGAAGGUGUUGGAACUGCAGACGCGGAAACUCGCCGCGCUGAAGGCCGCCAAAAAGCUGAGUUUUGGCCUGCGAAACAUUUGCUGCCCUCGGGAUUUCUGUGUGCCGAAGAUGGGAUCUGCCUGUUCCGGAGAGGGAGCGACGAGGAGGGCGAAGCUUUGCUGACCGCCGGGGAGCCCGGACGGUGCCUGGAUGCGCUUCACUGGUGGGGAAAACACUGCCAGGACUUGGGGGCAGGGAGGGUUUGGGGCAGUGGAGGGGCCAUGGGGCUACUCUGGGCUCUGCCCCACAGCUGGGCCAGCUGGCUGCCCCAGCACUGAGACAUCAGGGGUGUGGGACCGGGCGCCCGUCUGUGCCACCAGCCCUGCGCUUCGGCACUGUCUCCAGGAUACCGGGGAAGGGAGACGAGGCAGGGGCUGAGAAAUGUAGCAGUGCUCCUAGCCUCAAGAAAAAGAACCUUCCUGUUUUUCUAGAGAUCACCGGGUUGCGUUUCUCCACUCUGCUUGGGAAGUCUCUUCUAAGCCCUCACUUUCUCCCCCAGUUCAGAACGUUUUAUUUCUCUGUGUGUGUGUGUGUGUGUGUGUGUGUGUGUGUGUGUGUGUGUGUGUGUGUGCUCAGAUUUACUCUCACUCUGUGUCGCCUUGGAAGUGAUGGACUCCGAGCGAGACCAACGCCCCCCGCAAGCACCUGUAAGUGACGAUGAGGGGCUUGACUUCCAACCGCGUUUCUGACCUGGAAGCUCCGCGACCCUCCCGGCUUUUCGAGUGACGACGGAGAGGGAGCCGAGAUGGCAGAGAAGUGCGACUGCAUCGCCAGCAUGUACGGGUACGACCUGGGCUGUCGCUUCGUGAACUUCCGCCCGCUGGGCUUCGGGGCCAACGGGCUGGUGCUGUCGGCCCUGGACAGCAAGAGCUGCCGCAAAGUGGCGGUGAAGAAGAUCACGAUCGGCGACGCGCGGAGCAUGAAGCACGCCUUCCGCGAGAUCAAGAUCAUCCGCCGCCUGGACCACGAGAACAUCGUCAAGGUCUACGAGGUGCUGGGGCCCAAGGGCGCCAACCUGCGCGGGGACUUCUUCAAGUUCAACAUGGUGUACAUCGUGCAGGAGUACAUGGAGACCGACCUGGCGCGGCUGCUGGAGCAGGGCAAGCUGGCCGAGGAGCACGCCAAGCUCUUCAUGUACCAGCUGCUGCGCGGGCUCAAGUACAUCCACUCGGCCAACGUCCUGCACCGCGACCUCAAGCCGGCCAACAUCUUCAUCAGCACGGAGGACCUGGUGCUGAAGAUCGGCGACUUCGGGCUGGCCAGGAUCGUGGACCAGCACUACUCACACAAGGGUUACCUCUCAGAAGGCUUGGUGACGAAGUGGUAUCGCUCCCCCCGCCUCCUGCUCUCACCCAACAACUACACCAAAGCCAUCGACAUGUGGGCGGCCGGCUGCAUCCUGGCUGAGAUGCUGACGGGAAGGAUGCUCUUUGCUGGGGGCCACGAGCUGGAGCAGAUGCAACUCAUUCUGGAGACAAUCCCCGUCAUCCACCAGGAGGACAAAGAGGAGCUGCUCAAGGUGAUGCCCAUGUUCAUCAACAGCACGUGGGAAGUGAGGAAGCCGCUGAGGAAGCUGCUACCCGAGGUGGACAGUGAAGCCAUUGAUUUUCUGGAGAAGAUACUGACAUUUAACCCCAUGGAUCGAUUAACGGCCGAGAUGGGCCUGCAGCACCCCUACAUGAGUCAGUAUUCCUGCCCUGAGGACGAGCCCGUGUCCCAGCACCCGUUCCGGAUUGAGGACGAGAUUGAUGACAUUCUGCUGAUGGAAGCCAACCAGAGCCAGAUGUCCAACUGGGACAGGUAUCACAUAAGCCUCUCCUCUGAUUUGGACUGGAGACACGACAAACACCACGAGAUGGAUGAGGUUCAGCGGGACCCCCGGGCAGGGUCUGAAUCCACCGCUGAGGAAGCACAGGUCGAUCCACGGAAAUACUCACAGAGCAGCUCGGAGAGGUUCUUGGAGCUGUCCCACUCAUCCAUGGACCGAGUGUUUGAUGCAGAUUGUGGAAAAUCGUGUGAUUACAAAGUGGGGUCACCCUCCUACUUGGACAAAUUGCUGUGGAGGGACAGUAAACCCCAUCACUACUCAGAGCCCAAGCUAAUCCUAGAUUUAUCCCACUGGAAAAGAGCAACCAUAGCACCUGCAGCUGAGCUGUCGCUGGAGGAAGAACCAUCCAACCUCUUCCUGGAGAUUGCUCAGUGGGUGAAGAGCACGCAGGUGGGGCUGGAGUGUCCCAGCUCCCUUCCCGAGAUCCAGGAGCGGAGCCUGCCCUCUUCCCCUCACCGCCUCCGCAAGGAGCCCGCCGAGGUGAGCAGGGAGGCAGACCCUGAGUUUGACCUGGACGUCUUCAUCUCCAGGGCGCUGAAGCUUUGCACAAAACCCGAGGAUCUUCCAGACAACAAGCUCAACGAGAUCAACGGGGCCUGCAUCUCCGAGCACCCCGGGGAGAUGGUGCAGGCAGAGGUGUACCAGAAGGAGCGGUGGUGAGGGGGAACCCCGCUGCACCUCCCUCUCCCUCGCGGGCGGUGUGGCCACUGCCCGGGGCUGAGUGGCUCCCCCCGUCAUUGACCAUCCGCUUUUCACACUGUACCAAAUGCCUUUUUUUCGGGAAAAAGGCGAGCACAAACCACACGCCCCUCUCGAUGCCUUCCGAGGGAGUCAAGAGGUGUGAAUGAAGUACUGAGUUUCUUAUACUGCCUUAACACUCUUGCCUUGCAAUCUCUGGGACCUGUCUGAAACUUAAGUGUACAGGGGGGGAAAAAAACGACAGUACGUGGUAGGUUUACACAGAGAGAAGUCAAGUCAACUUCUUUACCCAUCUUUUUCUAUAGCAACUUAAAAUGACGAGGACAAAGAUUUUCAGUGUGGUCAGAUAACGUCGUGGUUUGACAGGUUCCCAAAACAACAAACUCUGAGCUCCUCUGAGGCACCUGUGUGAGUACAGGUACGGAGAGAAGUGGUGCCAGGCAGUGUCUGUGGCCGGCUGUCAGUCAGCAGAGAAUGGAACUAGAGGUAGAGUUUGGCCAUCAGACAGAAAAUAACUCUUCAAGGAUGUUAACGGGGAAAAAAUUUGACCUACGAAAUGUGGGCCACUUGGGGAUUUAUUUUAUUUUUUUUUUCUGACAGGAAGACAAAAUUUUCGCUAGGCGCGUUGUCCUGGUUUGGUUUCUCGCACCUAAAAUUGCGGGUGGAGCAUUUCAGUGUAACAACCUGGUGCUGCGAGUCCUGCCUCGGGCAUCUGCCCAGCAGACCAGCAAAUCCCAGUGGAAAGGGCUGGGCAGGAGCUGAGAGCCGGAAACAGGGUGUCCCACGGUGUGAUGCUGCCUGGCACCACCAGCUACACGCGCUCAGCGAGGGCACCCACCCUUCCUAUUGAAAGAGGAAUUAAAGUACCACUGUUUUACCUUCUGACAAAGAACCUGUGAAGGAAAGAACAGUUCCUGUGGCGUUAGAGUCAUCGCUGGCCACUUUGCUUACAGCUUCUUUGGGAGAUGCUGGUGUCAGCAGGCAACCAAGCGUGGUGUGUAAAUAGACAAGAGACAACAACUGAUCUACUGUAACUUCUGUUUUCAUCCACACUUCCGAGCACCUUAAUUAUUAAUCGGCUAACAAGAGUUUGUAUAUGGAAGAAAUGUUCUAUACUUAUAUUUAACCAAACUCGGCAGUUUUUUUAGGUGGAAAAAUCUGUAAAUAGCGCGAUAAAAGCCGACCUCUGCUUUCCUUGCCGUUGUGCUGCCGUGCUGCCCAGCCCAGUGGCACUGCUUCCAUUCCUAAAAGAGGAACUACUGUGCUUAGGAACCUCGAGGUCCGUAUUUAACUACUCCUAUACGAAUUAUUUCCACCCUCUUAGCAAGUAAUCUACUAAAUACUCUGAGAUGUGAAGAAAACUCAUGUGAGGUCAGAUAACUAACAGCAGCAUUUACUGUAUUAACCCUGGUUUCUUGUCCUGGUGGGAUCAGGUGCAGGCUUAGCUGCAGGAGAGAGCUUGUGUUGGGCCUCGACAAGCCCGAAAACAUCUUCCUACUGUGAAGAGCUCACCUUGGGGUGAUGGAAAUGCCAUUCCUCCAGCUGAAUAGCAGCAUAGGUGCGAAGGCUCCCAGCUGCACGGAUGGGAUGGGGUGGAAGUCCUGGGAAACGGGUGGAGAAGGCAUUUGGAAGGCAAAGCAGUUUGUCUCUGGUCUUUGCUUUGAGCAUUUGCGUGUCCCCCAGAGUGGUUUAGAAAGGGGAGACGAAGGAGAAACAGAGGGUUUUCAGUGUGUCUCAGAUAAUUGAUAUACCUCAGCUAAAGCUCAGCACUUUUACUGGUGGUGGGAGAAGUUCAGACACCAAGAAGCAUCGGCCUGUGCGUUGGAGCGGAUCCCAGUCCCGGCCCCAGCAGCCCACGGCUCGCUGCCCGUGGUCCCUCUCAGCUCUGCUGUGCACCCAGCAGCAGCCAGCAAAGGCUGGGAACGGGGCUGCUGGGCUCCAGCGAGUGUGUGCCGAGGGAGGAGGAGGUGGCAGCAGCCACAGUUGUGCCCCACCACUCCCUGGUGCCACCCAGGAGAGGAGCUGACGGUGCCCCAUCCUCUGGUGGGAGACGCACCCGCGCUGCGGCGGCGUCAGCGGAGAACCGGACGUCCGGGAGCCAGCGGAGUUUGAACCCGGAGGUUCAAAGAUCAGCAGUGUGAGAGCCGGCUUUUAAAACUCUCUUCUGACAGAUUCAACAACUGUUUUCGCUGCCGUUGGGUUGAGCAGGUCAUCAGCGGUCAAACCGCGCCAGCGUUUUCCUCGGCAUCGGCCGCCACAUCCUCCGAAACCAGAAGCCAUUUUCCGCGGGUUGCUACAUCCUUCGCCAUGGGCCUACGGGAACUAUUUACUGUGGCCAUGAAAGAAACAGUUUUGCUCUUGAACACUGUCUUGAGGGCCCACAGUUAAAGUGUAACAUUAACUUCACGAGGAAGCAAACGGAGCGUGUUGCCGCCACUCCAGAUUUUCCAUGUCGCUUCAUGAACUGUUAUUUAAUGUUGUUCUAAAACCUCAGCGUCACAUGCUGGGAAAAGGGGAUAAGAGAGAUGGCUUUAAUUUGUUACCUGAGUGUGCUCAGCUAUCACAAGCCAGAUCUGUUUUUCAUCUAUAACAAUAAAAUGUAAGGCCUGAGCCUUC